AUGAUAGAGAACAAAAGUCAACUGGUAGUGGUGGUCUAUGUAGAUGAUAUCAUCUUUGGCGGACAUAAUGACGAGGUUUGUAGACAAUUUGCAGAGCGGAUGACAACAAAGUUCAAGAUGUCUAUGCUGGGGGAGUUAUCAUACUUUUUAGGUUUGCAAGUGAAUCAACAACAGAAUGGUGUCUUCAUAUCUCAAGCAAAUUACAUCAAGGAGAUGUUGAAGAAAUUUAUGAUGGAGGAUAGCAAACCAAUAAGUACUCCCAUGGUAGUAGGUUGCAAGUUUAGUUCGAGUGAUGAGUCCAGUUCUGUAGAUCAGACUCUCUACAGGACAACGAUUGGAAGCUUGUUAUACUUGACAGCAUCAAGACCUGAUAUCCUACAAGCAGUGUGUUUGGUUGCUCAAUUUCAAGGUAGUCCGAAAGAGACUCAUCUAGUGGCACUCAAAAAGAUUUUCAGAUAUCUUAGAGGUACGAUGGAGUAUAGUUUAUGGUACCCUAAGAUUGAAAGUUUCACACUCAUAGCAUUCUCAGAUGCGGAUUGGGCUGGCAGAGUGGAUGAUAGGAAGAGCACUAGUGGUGGUACGUUCUUUUCGGGACAGAGUCUAGUGGCAUGGCAUAGUAAGAAACAAGAAUCUAUUUCUUUAUCUAUAGCAGAGGCUGAAUACAUUGCCACUACAGCGAGUUGUACACAAGUGAUCUAG